ACGCGUGUACAAUGUUUCAUGGUCCCUUUAUUAGUAUAUUACAUUGAAUUCUGACACCAUUCACCACGUUUUUGUCUUCUCUAAAUUCUCCUAUCUUUCUGUGUUUCUUUCUCUUCUUCUUUACUUCAACAUUUUCUUAGGUGACAUUGGAAUUGCUGUUUCAUUUGAAGCAAUUUGAUUGACAUUAAAACAUACUUUUCUGAUACAUCAUUCCGUCAUGACCUGUUUCCCUUUCUCGUUCAGUAAGACACCGUCUUCUUCAAGACAGCAUCCAGACAACGAUGAAGAUAUCUCAAGCAUUCAUGAUGUUAAAAUCUAUACCUUCAAAGAACUAAGGAAUGCCACCGAUAACUUUAGUCCGGCCAAUAAAAUCGGAGAGGGUGGUUUUGGUUCUGUCUACAUGGGACGACUUAAAGGUGGAAAACUCGCUGCUAUAAAAGUUCUUUCGGCUGAAUCAAGACAAGGGGUGAAAGAGUUCUUGACAGAGAUUAAUGUGAUCUCCGCAGUAGAGCAUGAAAAUUUGGUUAAGUUAUAUGGUUGUUGUGUUGAAAAAAAUAACAGGAUAUUAGUCUACAAUUACCUUGAGAAUAACAGUCUUUCACGAACACUUCUAGGUGGAGGUCACAAUAGUGAUAGUAUCUACUUUGAUUGGCGAACACGGUGUAGAAUAUGUAUUGGCGUUGCACGUGGGCUUGCCUUUCUUCAUGAAGAAGUCAGGCCUCCUAUCAUUCAUAGGGAUAUAAAAGCUAGCAAUAUUCUCCUUGACAAAGACCUUACACCGAAGAUUUCUGAUUUUGGUCUUGCAAAGCUUAUUCCAGCAAAUGCGACUCAUGUCAGCACACGUGUGGCAGGAACACUAGGUUAUUUGGCACCGGAGUAUGCAAUAGGGGGGAGACUCACACGAAAGGCAGACAUUUACAGUUUUGGUGUUCUCCUUGUAGAGAUAGUCAGCGGAAGAUGUAACACAAAUUCGCGACUGCCAAUAGAAGAACAAUUCAUUCUAGAGAGGACAUGGGAUCUUUACGAGCGAAAGGAAUUAGUUGGACUAGUAGAUACAUCGCUAAACGGGGAAUUUGAUGCCGAGCAGGCAUGUAAAUUUCUGAAGAUUGGCCUUCUUUGCACUCAGGAAUCUCCUAAGAGCCGACCGUCCAUGUCUACUGUGGUCAAGAUGCUUACAGGAGAAAUGAAAGUCGAUGACAGUAUGAUGACAAAACCUGCCUUAAUUUCUGAUUUUAUGGACCUAAAAGUUAGACAUAAACAAGAAAGUAUAACUGAUAUGAAGACUUCAUCUUCAUAUAAUACUUCCUCGGCCUCGGAGCAUCAGGACACUACCAUUAUAUCAUCAGCUGCCACUUCAACCUUCACUACACAAUAUGAUCACAGCAUGUAAACAUCAAUUCACAAUGGUUUUUUCCUUUGAUUUAAAAAUUAUUUCAUUUUCUUAGGCUUGUAUCCCAUGUAAAUUUUGCAGAGCUUCAAUACUUAAACUUGAGUUUUAUGUUACAACUUUGCCCAAUCCCCAUAGUGCUAAAAAACUUCUCGAAGUGCAUUUCUGGACGGAACAAAAAUUGUAUUUUGCACCGAAGUAUACAUCCGGACCGCACAAAAACUGUGUUUUUUUUUUUCCAGAUGUGUACAUACGUAGUGGUUUUGGGGGUGGGAAAAGUUCCUCGGUGGUUGCUAAAUGUACUGUUGUGUAAAUAUGGACAAGGCUUGUACAAUAAUAAUUUUUAUGAUUUUUUUUUCUUUUU